AUGCCAUACCCAACCUUAUUUUUCUAUAAAGUUUUAGAAGUUUGCUCGGCGAAUGGAAGUUUUGUUUAUCGAAGGAUUUAUGUUUGUCGGUUUGGAACCAAAACUGUUCGCUUUGCUGGGCAUGUCUCAAUUAGAGAAGCCGGCCGUGAAAUUGGAAUAGUGAAGGAUUUCACGCGUGAUUUGCAAGGAAAUUUUUCACAACGGUUUUGUUUGGUGCUUUGUUGUGCCAGAAAGAGGUGCAGAGCGAGUGUUUUGCCGAAGAGAACGUGUAAGGAAUAUAGAAGAGGAUUGAGAGCAAGUGAGAAGAAUGGCUUCUCGAGAUUUGGAACAAGUUUAAAACAGUUGUCCCAAAAGCAAUAUAGUGAGUUAAAAGGUGAGAGUUUCAUUUGAUUAUUUUUUUGUGGAAUCACUGAAUACUAUCAUUAAAUACAAAACAAAGGUAACUCCGAAUCGAAUAAAAAAGAGCAAGACUAUUUCAAUAUUACGACUAUUUUUCAGUCAUCAUCAAAAUUCUGAUGAUGACUAAACAUUGAGAUAAAUGUUAAAAAAUACUGUCCUAAUUUGGAGAUAUCGUAUAGUAAUUUAUUCAAUAGUAAUUUGACCACGCACGUACAUAAUGUGCUUCAUAUUUUUAUUAUUUUGAAACAAAAAUAGCAGGAAUCCCACAAUACAGACAAUAAGACGACUUUAUAAAAACUCGGCCUUCAUUAUUUCAAUUGAAAAUUGGAACAUGCACUAUAUAUGAUUAAUGAUCAGCAGAUUUUUAGAUCAAUGUGUUAGAUUUGUCGAUCAAUGUUGUGGAUAUAAAGGGUUCGAGUUUGGAAUUAAAAUAUCACAAAGCGCAUGACUUUGUAUGUCGCCCUGCAUUAUUAUUACACUAAAUGCGGUGUAUUUGAUUUCUGUGCCCAUGUGCAACAACAUUUUACGCAAAUUAUUCUGUUCGAGUUGUUCAUUGGUUUUUAAUCUAAACAAUAUUUUAUUGCGCGAAUAUUAAGUACAAUAUACACAUAUUGAGAAUUCAUUCAGCUCAAAGGCUCAAGUUUUUAUGAGCGACAAAUGAACUUUUCUUAACGUGAUGUUAUGAACUCUUCUAGUUAGACACGAUAUUGUUCUUAAUAACUCUUGUCAGCUUUUUAGCUAUGAAACUAUAAUUCAUGUGCUUUUUUAAAUUGAUAAAGAUUUCUUAAUAAUAUGAUGUUCAUUUUGGGCGUCUGCAUGUGUUUACAUGGCAUAUCUUGGCAAAGUUAGAGUGCAGUAUCAGCAUAUUUUAUUUACAUGCAAUUGGCAUACAAUUUAGGAAACCACUGUGUACUACUAUAUUUAUAGUCUACUGUAUGUAAAGUCAAAGUCCCUAACAAAACGAGAAAGUAUUAUUUCAUUCAAAAAGGAGGUUCUUAUAUCGAGCAUCUAUAAACUAUGAAAAGUCUCCGCCUAAUAUAGUUUCCGCUUAAAAUCAGGCCGUUUACAUCAGAUUUUACUUUCCGGCAUUUUGAAUUUUUUCGACUGGAAAUAUAAUUAACUCGAAACUUUUGUGCAGGUAACAAUGUAAGCAAGCGUGCAGUGCGCUGACAAAAUAGCUUUAUUUAACAUUCGCGCAAAGCUUUUGUAAUUUAAACGAAAGUCCUUUCAUUUUCUAUAAUGGGCUUUUCAGUUCCAUUCGAGCAUUAGCAUGCUUAGAAAAAGACUUCGGACUUAAAAUGUUAGUUAAUUCGAUUUAUUUCAAGCAAUAUAAACGGAAAUUCAAUCUUGUUCUAGUUGCAGAUUAUAUCUUAUGCGGCAGGUACCUGCGCGAAGAACACUGAUCCUAUAAUGCCUUGAUUUUUUAAAUUUGAAUGUUUCGCUUCAAAUACUGAGCCAAAAUUGAUUACAUGUGGCAAAUUUUUACAUCGCGUCUUGGCGAUAAGCAGAAAAUAGGAUUUUACAGAGCCAUAAAGUGCCAUUUUAAGUGCCAUAAAUUUUGAAAAUGUUUUUGUUAUUGUUCAUUCAAGCGCAAACUGUUUCGGUCGCUUUCGAAGUUUGUUUUUAUAGACAUUUAAAAACAUUUAACGCUGGAUGAAGUAAUACAACUGUUCUACUUUAGACUUUUGUCACUGUAUACAAAAAUACGCUUUUAAAUUCCUAAUACAAGUGUCAGUUGGACAUCUAAUUAACAUAAUUUCUGCAUUGCUAAUUUUCUAUAAUUAGGAAGACAAUUACUAUUCCAAUCUUUCUACCAGUUUUCAUUACCGUAUAUUACUUUUCUUUAAUAAGAAUAAUAAAAGUCAUAGUUUUCAAAUUUAAUCAGCUUUAAAGAAAAACUAACGGCCCCAAAAUUUAGGAAAAUUUCAAAAAUAUAUAAUAUACAGCUCUGUAGUAAUAACGUUGGUUCAAUGUUGUUACAAAUAUAAGCAUAUAUCACCACUGCUUGUGAUAAAUUAAUUGUACAUUUUUAUAUGAAUUUUCAACCUGUUUCUCAACUUUUAGUCGAGAACUUUUCCACAAAACAUGCUGAAAAUAAAGAGAGUGAAAACCUGGCUCAAAAAGCUAGCUUCAUCUACGCAGAAAAGAAGCGUUUGAGAAAGCGAUCCAUAUCGGAUUCUUCAGAAAGUCAGGCAGGCGGCGCAAACGCGAAAACACGAAAAGGAAGAUUAACAAGAAUUAGAUUUAUUAAAGUGAAAGAAAUUCAUCCAGAUGCCCCCGAGCCACGUGUGAUUCAUAAACACGACGAAAAUGAACAGAGAAAAUUUGAACCACCAAAGACGGACGUCAAUAAAAUUAAGCCUGAAGGUAUUUUACGUCAUUGCCAUAAUUCAAAAUAGCACUUAGAAUAGGACUCUUAGAGUCUAUAAUAGAUGGGAGAAUAGGACUCUUAGAGUCUAUAAUAGAUGGGACUCCUAGGAUGUAUAUUAGUUGGGACUCCAAGAGUCUAUAUAGUAAGCUGGUGUUACCAAUGGAUAAUUAAAAUCCUAUUUGUUGACUUAUAGUGCUAUGACGGAACAAAUAUAUAAUAUUAAUUAUAUCCCGCAGACGUUUAAUUUAAAACUGUUUGUGUCAAGUGGUCCACACAACUAUAUCCAUCAGAUAAUUAUGCCAUUCUUGAAUGGUUCAUUUCUAACGUUUUUUGUUUAUUUUUUAGGUCAUAACGCAACCAUUCUCACCAAGAUCAUCAAUGAUGUUAAUCGCAUCCUCAGCAUAUUGGAUAAAAAAACGAAGCUCACAGGUUCUCCAAAAAGACGGCAUGACACUACAGUCGUUAACAAAACUAGUGUCCCGCAAAAGCAGAUGGAAAUGCCAGAUGCCAAAAAUUAUAAUGAAGGUCAUCCAAAAAAGAAGAACCACCAAAGAAUUCUGGAAACUUUCUUUGGUGCCAAUUCUGGUGGUGAUGGUGAUUUUGAUAAUGAUGAUGGUGGUAUUGGUGGUGAUGGUGGCAUUGCUGGAGGCAGUGGUGAUAAUUCCCAAGAGACAAAUGCAGAAAGAAAACAGUCUGCAGAUGAAGGUUUGACUGAUUUGGAAGAUGAUAUGGAAAGUGAAGUCAGCACUCUGCUUGCUCAACUUGGAUUUGAUUUUUCUGGUGAUUCUUAUAAGCAUAGUGAAUCGCCAAAUAUGCCCCUCCCCAAAGACGAUAUGAGUGAUGCAAUUGCUCAUCCAGAGCGUAAAAAUAAAGAGCCAAGUACCGACAAUUACAAAGAAACGGCCUCAGAUGCCGAUGAAGAUGUUCUUGAUAUGAUUACAAACAUUCUGCAAGAUCACUCUUCUUCGACGACAACGCCUUUUGAUUCACAGGCAGAGGAAAAUGGCGAGAAGGUCAACUAUGAUAAAGACAACAAUAACAAUGGUUCUGUAAAUGAUACAUACUCUGUACCAUUGACAUCAAAUAUAGCAAAAGAUGCUGAGAUCGCGAGUGAAAAACCCAGCUUUAAUUCCCCUGGUGAUAGAUUUUCUCAAACAAAUGUUAAUAAGAAUGGAUCUCUGCUAAAGUAUGUAAACUCUACUAGAGAUAAGACUAGUAAUGAUUUAAUUCUUAAUACAAGCAAUGAAUCUCAAGUUUUAGUAUCAAACCAAGUUUCAGAAGAAAAUUCAAAAUCCAGUUUAAAUCAGGUCGAACGUGAACCAGUUAAUCAGAUUGGACAUGAAAACAAACUUUUAGAUCUCGCAAGAAAUGCCAGUAAUACGAUACCUUCUUUGAAACAAACCGACCACCAAACAAUGAAUGGAGGUUUUGAUAGCAAGUCGUACAGUAUGAAGCAGUCAAGACCAGAUAAAGUUUUAGCAAUCUCACAUGAAACGAGUGAGCUAAGGCAGAAAUCUCAAGGACAAAAUGAAAGCAGUGUGGAAAGUGAAAGUAGAAGGAAAGGUUCGGCUGAAAUGUCAAGCGGGAACGACACAGAGUUCGUUCUGAAUUUUCAAACGAGCCCAACGCCUAGUUCCCAGCUCCUUCAAUCUUUUCCAGGGGCGGUCUCUUACAAUGUUAAGCUAACUAAUGAAGAGUCGCCUCCUGGAAAGCGGGCGAAGUUGAGACCCGCAAACCUGACAAAUAUGGCUGCCAAUGCUUUCAAACAAUCUGGAAUAGCUAAAAACUUAAAUCACCCAAGUACUUUCUCCGCGAUGAGUAUAAUAGAAAAUAAGAAGAAUUUGGUGUUGAACAAAGGACAAACAAUGAGUCAAAGAAUUGUUGAAGUUGGACAAGCGGCGAUUGAGGCGGGCAAGAAUAUGAUAUUAGCCCAAGAAUCUCAUGUGGAUAAGGAAAAAAUCUACGAUAUUGUUGGGACGCGAAACGUCACUUCAGUCGGUAGAUACUUGAUCACCAUUGGCGAGGAAUUACUUAGCAGAGGAAAGACAUUAAGUUCAAAGAAAAUUGCUCCUUCCAAGAUUCUAUCCAAGAACAAGGGUAAACCAAAUUCAGAAAUGGAAUCGAAAAAUAUAACUGCUUCUGCAUCUUUUAGUCACAAAACUAAGGGGAAUGAAACAGAUUCAAGGGAUGAAAUAAAAAUUGUUUCGAAAUUGCAUAGUUCGGAUUCCGAUAGGCUGCAAUGCAAAAUUGGGGCUGUCCGUGAUAAUGCUUCUUUGCGUGGUAAGGUGCGGGCUGGUUUGUUUAUCCCCACUGGCUAUGUACAGGAUCCAACAGAGUGUGGAAGGCGAUGUUGUGAUAAUGCAAAAUGCGAUAUGGCUCUAGUGGUUAAUGAUGAGUGUUACACAGUGCAAUGUUUUCAUUGGACACUUUGCCAAGUUGUGCCUCGUCGAGGAUCAUCGCAAUUCAGAUCAGCGAUAGUUAGCAUAAAACGAUUGCAUUACCUCAACGACUCAAACACAAUUGUAAGACACGAUUUACAAAAUGUUACCAGACCAAUUAAUGAAAGUAAAUUAAAGAAAAUCUCUAGUUCAGGGCAAAGCAUCAAUUUCCAAAAUCGUUUCGCUCCUAGACUGAACCCAGAAGAGGAAGCUCAAAGGACAUUGAACACCGACGAUGCAAACCCAUUCAAAAUUCCAUCUACGCGCAGGUAUAAAUCGGGAAGCUCAACGAUAUCCACAAACAAUCGAAACCACUAUUCACAACGGAAGAGGCCUAAAUCUCGAAAUGUUCAAAGAAAAGAACUCAAUUGCCGUAGCUUUGGAGCGAAUGGAACUGUGAACCUUAACCCCGGUACUUGGAAACUGAGUGGAAAAACAAACAGUAGCAGAAAAUGCGUGGAUUUAUGUUGCUCACAAAACGGUUGUGACUUGGCAUUUCAAGUUGGAGAAUUUUGCUAUUCUCUGGCUUGUUACAAGGAUAAUCGGGGAUGCAAUCCUCUUGCAAUUCCUGUGGGCUUGUCAUAUCUUCAGCUUAAACGAAGAGAAAAGUCGGUUUCGAAACCCUUAGAUAUUUCAAAAGGAAACCUGACAAAAAAGACCGAUGAUGUAUUGAAGGUGUCCGAAAAGAACGGUAUUUUGAGCACACCCAUAGAAGAACGAAAAUAUGCUCAUAGUAUUUUACAAAAGGGUUCCAGUUCACAAGACAGUUCAAAACACACUAAAAAGAUUCACCCUCAAAACUUAGCUAUUAAUAAUGACACCAAAAGUUCGAACGUGUGUGAUUACACCAUAAAAAGGGACAUGUUUUUCCGCGCAGGUCAUAAUGCCGGAGAAUUCAGACGAGCUAAAAACGCCAACGACGUUGACUCUUGUGCUCAAGAAUGCUGUAAUUCUACCUCGUGUGAUGUAUCAUAUAUGGUCGAGAAUAUUUGCUUUUUAGUCAAAUGCAAAGACGCGAAUUCUUGUGAACCAGUGUCUGUUGAAAACGUUAAAUAUCGUUCAUCCGUCGUACUUUUUCCAAACACGAGCGGCAGGCAAGAGAGUUUAAAUUCUAAAUCUAAAAAGGGGGAUAGUUCCAACUUCAGUGCCAUAUCUGAGGGAAAGAAAAAGUUAACAACGAAUAACGAUGAAUCAGAAACAAAUCCCAUAGAGUCGAAUGACCAAAGCAAGCAAAAUGAUUUUUCAAACGAUCUAGAGGUAGCCGGUAGCAAAAAGAGUAAUGCGUUGGAGAACGAAGAUCAUAAAGGUACUCCCAGUCAGAGCAAUAUUCUUGAUAUCGUGAUCGACAAUGAUAACGACGAUGAUGUUAUUGAAGAUGCGGAUGAUGAUAUUGGCACUGAUAUUUAUGAUUACGGAACCGAUGGUGGUGAUGAUGAUGAUUAUUAUCACGGAGAUGUGAUUGAUAGCAAACGUCACAAAGAUGAUAAUCAAACGAAGAAUUAUCGAAAGCAAAACACUGUAUUGGAGCAUAACAUGGGGACUGAAAGUAUUCCCAAAAGUCAACACAGCAAUCUUGUUACUCUUAACAACACCGAAGAUUCUUCCAAUACAAGAAAGAAUCAAACUUCAAUGUUUUCAAACCAAGUAAGUUCUGUUACUCAUCAAACUGGUUCUCCGGAGAAUAAUACGAGGAUGACAUCCCCGGUAGAGGAUGAGAUUUCGACUUCUGACAAACAAGUGCACGGAAUUCCAAGCACUGGAAAUUUGGUAAACGAAAAUGUGAUAGACGGAAAUAAAGAGCCUUACCCGUCGAAGCAUACCCCAAGAAAUGUAAGACCACACGAUAAUGGUUCCCAGGUGGAUCACUCUGGAAAAAGUGUCCAUGAAAGCAGUGAUCAUCAACAUUCAGAUAUUGGAGAUACAAUUUCCAGAAAUGAUAACCAAGAGUUUGAUGAUCAAGAAGUUGGUACGCACACCAGUAGGUACUCUGGAAGCACUAGUUCUUCUGAUGUCCAUCCUCAAGGAAAAGAUCGAGGUAGUGAAUCUCAUGAUGAUGAAGUUGGAACAAAUAAUAAUCUUACAGAUGACUUUGGAUUGGUACACCCAAACAAAACUCCAUCUUCUUUGACCUCCGAAAUUGCCGAACCUACAACGAAGACAAAUAAUUUCAGGCAUGAAGGUAUCCCUGACGUGACAUCAAAAGAAAAGCAAGUACAGAAUGUUUUAAGAAGGUUGAGAAAAGAAGAUGAUAAAAGCUCGGAGUUAUCUCUUCAACCGCCUAUUUUGAAAGAUAAGGACUCCAACGACGAAACAUAUGUGAUAUACAACGAUGCUGAUAAUGGUGAUGGUUUUGGGUCAGGCAGUACUUCAAAACAUGUGCGUACAAGCAGUGUAAGUCGUUCGGUUAACAAUAUGCUGGAAAAAGAUGCACCAGAUUCACAAUGGAAUCGCUUUACGUCACAGACUAUUGGUGAAGUACAGAACAAUACAAGCGAGAAAUCUCCAAGUGAUGGGAAUAGCAUGAAAACAACAGACGUAUAUAACAAUUCGAUGGAUAGAAACAGGUCCUUGAACAAGUCGAGUAUAACAGAAAGAAAUGUUUUCCAUAACUUUGAUGCUCACAAGAGCAAAUCUGAGGAAAACAGCAAACACAUAGUUCCGAAAAAUGACACCGUACUGCAAAGAAAUCAUACUGAAAAAACUGUGGAGAGGCAAACAAGCUUUCUUAAUAAAACUAAAGAAGCUAAAUGGAGUGACAGCAUUACAAAUAUAAAUCAAACCUCUCUUCGCCAGGGAAAUGCAUCGGCCGAUACAAAUCCAAAAAUGGGAGAGGUGAACAUCUCCAAUACGUCUUUUCAUUCCAAUCAUGAGAAGAAACCCCUGGCAAAGUCAAAUCUACGGGGAAAAGAUUAUAAAGGGGAUAAAAUUCUGAAACCAAAUGCUCAAGAGGAAAGUGAGUUACAGUAUGGAGCUGAUGAAAACUAUCCGUUUGAAAAUUUUCCAUCAAACGAGGAAAGUUAUUCGGAUAAAGGUGGUGACCAAUGGCCUUGGGAAGUUAUUCAGUUGGAUAACAGUUUUCCGGACUUGCCACCCAAAUAUAACGCUUUGCAGGAAAAAACUAGUUCUGGAUUCAUGGAAACAUCGGGUAGUAACAACAUGAAAGGAGAUAAAGUAUCAAAUACUGGAGAGUCUACCAGCAGUGACUCUGAAACAAAAAAUAUUUCCUACAUCCGUUUACAUGGUUCAGGACCUUUGAACAGUUCAUCGGGGAAACCCGGCACAGAAACAUCUAGUAAGCUGAUGAACUCGACAUUACCCUAUCGAAACAGUUCAUCACUUGUCCCCAGUACAAGUCGGGAACAAUUGCAUAGCAGCAUAAAAACUGCUCUGAAGUCGUAUUAUGCCCAAGCUGGGAAAAACCAAGUCCCUGGUGCCACGAAGAUUCAUAAUGGUAGUAAUAUCCAAAAAGAAGAUAAGCACUCUUCAUUUCACCAAAACCCAACGGGUCAUCUUAAUCGGCUGCAUCAAAGCGGUUCCAAACUUCAUCAUUUCAUAGAAGAAAAUAGGAUUUCUCCUGAAAAUGUGACGCAGAAAACAAAUAACACUCUUCAUACAAAUUACAUUAGUAGUUCACUACUGCACCUAAAAGCUAUUGACGAUAUUUCCUAUUCCAACAAAAAUGGGGACACGACCGGUAGCGAAGAUCCAUAUUGGAUCCUAGCCAGUGGUGACGAACUUAAAAACGAUCACAGGGUCUCAGAAUCAUCAGUUUGGUUUCCGAAGAAUAAUCGUAAUACCACAGUUGUAAAUGAUGAUUAUUUUAACCCCUUUACACCUUUUGUGACAAAUGGCCAUCAAAAAGUUAAAAACAUUAACUAUAAAAUAAACUCCAACAAACAAAUAGUCAGAGCUAAGAACGAAGAGGGUGAUAACAUACCUGGAGCAAAGAAAUAUUCUGGGAAAACAUAUGAUGUUGCCCCUACUAGAAAGAAACCAAAGAAUAAGAAAUUGGUGUCAAAUGAUAGGGAUCAAGAAGAAAAAUCAGAGAAAUUGAACGUUUCUACGUUGAAUAAAUCCACGACAGAUAAUGUCAUGAAAAAGAAAAGUAAUGCUGCAAAGAACUUUGUUUCAGUGACUAAUGGAACUUCGAAGGAUCGCAAUUUGAUUAAUGUAUCUAAGGAGGCUGGGAUUGAUAGUCUGGUCUAUAAUGUCAAGAGUACUAGAGAGGGUAUAAAUAAUACACUAAAUGAAGACCAUCGAGGAACAGGGAACUUGAGAGAACAGACCCAUAACAAAAAUGCAGAUCAUGAUGGCACAGAUAAUUUGCAUAUCAACAGAAUACGUUUAAAUCAAACCACUGCGCCUCAUAGUAGCAGUGUACCUGUAAAGUUGCUGCCACAAUAUCACACAUCGAAGAAGAGCGAAAAGGAAUCUGGUAGCAGCUUAGGAAUUUUGAAGGAUAUUGAUGAAUUGUUGACGAGUGUUAGGAAUGAAGACAAGCCCAUGUAUGAUUUUGAAAGAAAUCGUACAAAUUUAAGAGGCUGGACUCGUGCUAAGGCCUUGGGAGACACUAGUAGUCCAAGAGGUCAUUCAGAAGUAUAUAUGACUACUUUAGACGGACAAAAUGUUAAAAGUAAUACUUCUAGUUUUAAUAAAGAAAAACCAAGUCGAAAUAAAUUUGUGAAGAAUGAAAACAAAAGUGUAGUUUUAGACACGAUGAUCAAGCCUAACUAUACUGCAAGGCACAAAAGUGAAAACGUGAAAUUUGGUUCUUCAAAAUCAAAUUCCAAUUUCACGGAAGAUAAGACUCGAGAAAAACUUCUCACAAGCAAGCCUAAACAGAAAACAGCGAUAAACAGGGCAGAAAAUCAAAGUAGUGCUUUGCAAGUGGUGAAGGGUAAUAAUAGUAUAUCCGAGUACAAAGCGAAUAACAAAAGUUAUGGAUCAUUGGAAGAAAACGACAUCAAUUCAUUUAUGAAAAACAACAGUCAUGUGCUAACAGUGAUUACAAAUGAAACCAAGUUAUGGAGCAAGUUUAGCGAUGCUACUGACAGACCGAUUUAUGACACAAAGUUCGAAAUUCUUAGCAAUAAAUCUGGCGAUAACACAGACAUGAAGAAAAUUCAUUCCGAUGUAAUACCAGUAGACACAAAUAGAAAAUCAUUGUGGAGUAAAAACUCGGAAGGAGAUAUUAUUCCAAAGAAUGACGAGAUAAAAAACACGAAUGAGAUUUCUGGAAAAGUUAUAAUGGAACCAGACGCGCCUAAAAUGUUCGAUAACUCUGGAUUCAGUCACUCAAAAAGUGGCAAAGAGCUAACAAAGGUGGAAAUACUUGAUGAUGGUCGCUUUAUUACUGAUGACGAAGAUGAAACUGAGAACAAAUAUACUGGGAAAGAUCUCAAAUUACCAUUAAAUGGUGAUGAUGAAGUAAAAAAGAUUUCGCAGAAAAAAUAUACCACUAAUCUACAUUCGAUGAAGAAACAUGAUUUCAACUUAAAUAAAUCUGAGGAAAGUACUAUCGAUAAAAUAUUACCGGGAGAAAAGACUGGAUUAUCAAAAUUCGAAAAUCUUUCAUUGCAUCAUGCAAGAGAAUCAGUUGAGGUCGAUUCUUUAAAGAAGGGGAACCGUGUACUUGAAAGUCACGCAUCAGAAGUUAACAUCCCUACAGAGACUAGAAACUCGAAUAACAUUCAUCCAUGGGCUUUGAAUGUUACGGAGGAAAACCAACGUAAGGACAAGGCUGGUAUAGAAGAAAUAAAGGGAGAAACUGUUCAAUCGCCAGUUAGUAAGGACAAAAGUAAACUAUGGGGCCGCAAUGAACACGGUGAUGAAAUCCCAAGACCUGUUGAAAAUGUGAUUGAACCCAAAUCGUUCUGGAAGGAAGAUAAACAAACUAUAAUGGUAACGAAAAAUAAAAGUGAGAUGGAGAAUGACGGGGGUAAAGAUGGUGAAAGUAAAAUAAGAAAGUGGGGCAAAGGAAACCAAUAUAGCGAUUCUCAGGUAGAUGAGAGUCAAGGUAAUCUUGACACAGGGGAAAAUGCUAAAUUAUGGGGAAGGAAUGAAGAAGGAGAUGCUAUUCCCAAGCCGAAUCGUGACUGGUUGUCUGAAGAUGAAAUUGAAGAUACAGUGUCGAAACCUGUCCACCAUUUCAGAUUUCCAAACGAAGAACGUGAAAAAGAAAUGGAUGAAAAGGAUAAUCACAGAGGAUCUGAAGAAAUUAGCCAUGACGGCAAAGAUAUUCCAACUACAAGACAUUUAUGGUUGUCUACCGAUGAUAUUGAAGAUUCCAAGUCAACUUCUGAUAUUGCAGAAAAGAUUAACAAAAAUGCAAACAGUGAUACACAUUUUGAAGAUAACGAUAAUGAAUUCGAACGAAAUGUAAUACCAUCGUCAAAAGAAGACGGAGAAAGAACAUCCAAGAAAAAUGAGAACAAGAACGGUGAGGUUUUUGAUAUUCUUCAAAUUGAUCUUGUGAUAAGGGGAUACAGACCUGAAACUUGCAUGCACACAGUUCAUUUAUGCUCACAAUUGUGCAUUCUAUUAUUGCUGUACUACCUGUGUAAUAUUUAGAUUGCAAUUAUAUUAUUUUAAUUUUAAUUUAUUCGUAUUUAAUUUUUACUCCUUUUUUUUAGACAAAAUAAAACAAUCGAAUCAGCACGCUGUUCACAGAAAGAGACCUGGAAAACCGUCAGGAAGAAGCCGUCAUCCUGAAUUUAAUAUUUCUCGAUAUAAUACCAACCCUAUAAGCGCAAUAAAAAAUAAAAAAUCAUUAGAUCCGUCCGCUCCUUCUGAAGGAGAUGGGAAAGACGUUACCUCGAAUGAUACACUUCCUGUAUCGAACGAAACCGAGGCCGAACUGACUGUGAAUGAAACUGGACCGGGUUACUUUGAUUUAAAAGACACGUUUAGUGCCAACACUACCCAGGAGGAGCUGAAAGAAAUUCCGAGGAUUAUGGAAAAUGCGCCUUUGAAUGGUACUAAUAAAGACACAUCCGUAGGUAAAGACUACAGCAGUGUAAUAAAUGAGUCUAGAAAACCUACAUCUGUUGGAAAAUAUUACAGCAAUGAAGUGCAAGAGAGAGAACAGCCUGAAAUAAUACAUUUUGAGGAUAAAACACUAAAGAAUCAAAUUCAUUCCACCAAAAGCUGGGACGUAGGUAAUUUUACAAGAUUAGUACUGACGAAAGAGAGCGUAAACCCGACAGUGGGCCGCAUAAAGUCGCAUGAAUUUGGUAAAAAUAUUUCAAACUUAGAAACAAAGCCAGAUCGAAGAAGUAGUAAAAUCAAUCCCAACCUGAUGAAACGUCCAUCUUUUGUUGACCGAACGACUCAAUUUAAUCCAUUCUCCAGAAUUGAAAUUGUGAAUCAUAAUAGUACAUCUUUAAAAUUGGAAUCCAAACCUCAAUCUAACAGAGUUAAUGGUAUGAGUUCUAAAAGAACAACAAUAGUAAAUGGGAAGAUAAAAUCUCAAGAAGGUAUAAAUUUUUCAAAAAUAGUAAAACGGGUGGAAAGGCUGUUACGAAAGUCGCGAAUUUCGAGCCAUAAUGACCUUCGACGAAUGCGAAAACUUGUGUAUGAUCUGGGACACAUAUCUCGGGUUCAACCCAGUCCUGAAACAGAUGAUAGUAAUGUGUUGGUAUUAAACGCAACCGAAGAUAUUAACUCGCGUUUGAGUGGUAUUGAAAAGCGAAUGUAUGUUGCAGAUGGCAACGAAAUACUAAAUAACAUCACUGCAGUUCUUGUGCAACUUGUGGAGAAAGUCCAAAAUUCGGAUGGUGAAGUAAACAGCACUGCAAAACCCAUUGAAGUUGUUAGUAACGUCCCGAAGGAAUGGUAUGAUCAUAAUGGCCACCACCACUUGAAAAUGGCAGAUAUGGUACACAGAAUGAAACAUUUGGAAAAAGUUUUUCAGAAACAUUUGAAGAAAGAAAAAUUGACAACAUGUAAGAUAGCGUCUUCCACACUUGAUCAAAUGACCUUAACUGGGGGUUUCGAUAAUUUAAACCAUAUUUCGCAAGGGGCUGUCAAUGGUAUGGACCAGUGCAUUGCAAAGUGUUGUGUCAAUAAAGUGUGUGACUUGGCAUUCUUAAAGAAAAGUGAAUGUUACGGUAUUGAUUGUAAACACCAAAAGUGUCUCUUGAGUCCAGUUAUCAAUCCUGUUGAAUCAAGCGUGGCACUUUUGACCAAACGUAUUUCGGCUAAUAUUGGUUUCACCGGUAUACCGAUAGGUACUUCUUUAACAGAUAAGUGCGAGGUUCAACCACAUAUCAUUACAGAUUCUGUUCUUGGUCAAGGCGGGUUAAAAGGGAACGCAACGGUGUUGGAACACGUGACAGACACAUGGUCAUGCGGUAUGGAAUGUUGCAAAGUGACUACUUGUAAUGUCGCCAUGAUUCAAGAAGGCGUGUGCUACAUCAUAUCCUGUCUAUCUGAUGGUCCGUGUUUUGAGUUCGAGCGUUCAUCUGGUCAGAAAACCUCACUAGCAUUCGUGCGGAGGUCAAAAUCGAAAGUGCCAAUACUUCAACCUUCUUUGAGUCUGGAGGUUGAAGGGUCAGCAAGUGCUACACUUCCACCUGUCAGCAUGUAUACUCAUCAGCCUGUGCUUUCUUCAAUUACCAAGAUACCUAGUCCAACAAGCAGUCUACUAUAUUCUUCACCAACUUCGACCAAAAAGAAACACAGUUCUUACUAUUCUAAUCCAGCGAACGAACCCACUCAUCCGUUAUCGAAACCAAAUGGUAAAGAUCUACAUUCCAAUAUGGCAUUAGAAAACUCAGAAUCUAAUCAUAGACAUAAAAUAUCAACUCUGACAAAUGCUACUAAUUCACCAAAUACAUGUGUUCAAACGUUUCCUGUAUCAAAUGUAACCCUACGGGCUGGAUUCUCAGCAGGGAAUUUUAAAUUCCAAGGAAAAUUUCCAGACCCUUUGACAUGCGUGAAUCGUUGCUGUCGAACCAACGACUGUAACGUAGCAUUUGUUUUGCAAAACAUGUGUUUCCUGGUGACAUGUAGUAACAAUGAGCUUUGCCGAAAUGAACCACUUUUGUCCAAUGAAUUUGAAAGUUUGCUUGUGUAUAUAGCAAGGAGUGCUCUGGAAGCCGAUAUGGUGAAAGACGAAUUAGUCCCAACUAUAAAAAGAAAGUUUUCAAAUGCAUCAAAAAAGUCAAUAAUAGGUCCAAAGUCUAAAUUAAAGACAAGGGCUAUUAAUUCAACUGCAGGGACUAGUCAGAAUGGAUGCUCUGUCGGCUUCAUUGCCUCAAAUGCUAAGUUUUUACACGGUUUCGAGUCUGGAGAAAUUAUAGCUAUGGGUAGUCUUAAACGUGGUAUAAACGAAUGCAUAUCGAGGUGUUGCAACUACAAUGGCUGCAAUGCAAGUUUAGCUAUCGGAGAGCAGUGUUUCCUUGUAAAAUGCUAUAGCAAGGAGUCUUGUCAAAUAGUGCAAUCGGAUUCGAGGAACGUGGAAACUUCGGUUGCAAUCGUGACUCGACGAGCUGGCGACAAAUCGUUGUCUUAUCUGUCACCACAGCAACCAACGAAGAAAGCUUCUUUCUUGAAUCGCUCAAGUCAUGUGAAACAAGAAAUUUCUCCAGAGAAAACCCAUACUCGGGAUUCAUUAAAAGGUGAUAAUGCAUUGCCAAAUCAACAACAAACGUUGGGAUAUCAUUCUUUGGACAGGAACAUUUCCCCUGGUUUGGUGCACGCUCAAGAAAACAUUUUGACGCGAGACGUUCCUGCACCAGUCUCGGUGAUUGAGCCCUCUACAGUUAACCAUGUAAGGAACGAAGAUUUAUUGGAUGGGCAAAGAGGACUUGAUCAUAACAGUUUAAAUUUACUUGCCUCAAAGACGGCACAGAAGGCAAACUAUUCUCACGCCAUAAUAAAUUUGGGAAUGAAUUUUAAAACAUCCUCAGGUAACUUUGAGAAAGAAUCUAUUCCACAAACUGGCAACAAUCUGGCAACCUCAGAGUUAUUGAGAAAAAUACAGGAGGGAUUGAAUAAUUUAGUGCAAGCAAAGAAAGAGUCGGACAAUGUAGAAACAGUAAGUAAUGAAAUUCUUCACGCAUCAAAGAGUGAGUUCGAUACGAUUGGGAUCAAUGACCAUCAUAUGAAGAAUUUGGCUAAAAAUAUAGCCCAUUCAAAGAAUGUGGAUAUUUCUACGACUGGUACAAGGGACAAGGGUUCCCACAUCUCAGAAUCGCCGAAUUCAGAGAAUCAAGGGGGUGGUUUGGAAAACAAAAACAGUCAAAACAGUGAAGUACAUGGUAAAAUCUUCAGAGGGAGGCAACACGGAGCGGAUGAUUCUACGACCUCCACUCUAGGUGACCUCGUUUCUAAAAUGAAAAAAUUAUCAAUUGAGCAAGAACAAUUGAGAAAGAAUAUUCCAGAAUAUAGUGAAAUAAUUGGUAAAAUCCAACAACAUCUUGAAAAUAAAUCUUGGUUGGUUGGCAAUGCAACAAGUAAAGGGGAAAGAAAGGAUUCUAUAAUGCAAAACUACAACAUCAAGAAUUCAUCUAUUCUUGGCCUAACCAAAGCUUCUGUUAAACAUCCAAUGUUUCAAAACAAUCACUUAUCCACACAAAAGACCACAAGCAUUCCAACUCCAAAACUGGUACAAUCCCCAACGGCUUUAGUUACAACGCCAUCAUUUGCUGGUUUGCAGGAAAUCAGAUCCACCAAUCGCCGAGUGCCUACCAUUUCAGUAAAGCUUCCUGUAUCUGUUGACGGUAUAUAUAAGUAUAAAAAUGAAAAGCCAAAUAUUGGUGAAGAAAUAGAAAGAGCAUUAGAGAAUGCAGGAGUAAUUCCCAUAAAACCAGGACAAAGUCAUUCUUCGGCAAAUGUAUUGAAUACUGAAGCUAAGGUACUUCAGAAAACUUCAAAGUAUACAAAUACAUAUAAGCCAAAGUCAGCGGGAAGGUCCUUAAUUGUUCCGGCAGCCCAGCGUUUGUUACAUUUCUUAGAAGAACAAAUCAGACUAAAAACUGCCCAUUCCAAAGAUCCUGAAGGGCCAAAAGACAUUGCAAAAUCAAGAGAACAGUUGAAAUAUAGCGAAAGAAUGAAUGGCCUCAUGGAUGAUCAGCAUACAUUGAAUGACCGUAUAAGAAACUUGGAGUCAGAAAUUCAUCAACUGAGAAGUCGGAACAACCUUCAUCCCAGUAAAAGUGAAUCUCAGGUGAAAACAUCCAAUGCUGGGUUGGGAGUAUUCCAUGUGAAAAGUGCAAGAAAAGGACAACAUUCUGACGAAAACAAUGUAUCGUCUGUUGGUGAAAGAGAGGAAGAGCUUACCACUAAGGAUGACAAGAACCUUCUUAUAGAACAGUUACGAAGUAUUGUUCGAUCUGAGCUUUCGCACGAGAGUGAAAUGGUUUCCCCGACUUCGACAGAGCUACAUUCUACGACCAUCAAACGACUGAAUGACGCAAGUCAUGCAAAAGAGCACGAAGUUAUCCUCGAACAUAAUUUAAAUCGAUUGUAUAAUCAUGCCGUCGCUGACAUGGAGAAAGCACUUGAGUCGAGUGGAAAGGAUGAAGAUGGUUUAGUACAAGAGAAUGUUAAGAAAAAUCACAUAGAUAGUAAAAUAAUUGAUUUAGCUAAAUCGAAGAAUCCUAAAUUUCCUAACAUUGCACUGGCGAAACCAAAGUCAAUGACGAAUAAAAGUGUACUUAAUAAUAAUUUCUUGCCUGGAGAAGAUAGCUCAGGAUCGAGAAAAGGAGACAAAGGAAUAAUUAGUUUAGAUAAAUCAAGAAAAGCUAAAUUUCUGGAUAUUGCAUUGAAUAAACCAAAGCUUGGGACAAAUGAAAAUUCAGUUGAUACUAAAGUUAUGUCUGGUAAAGAUAUUUCAACUUCGAAGAACGAAGAAAACAAAAUGAUAAAAAAUAAUAAUUCCACAGAAGAUAACGAUAGACACAAAGCAGAAUUAGUAUUUCAACAACCUUCGAACAAUUUUCCAAAAGACUUAAUGCUAAACAAGGACUCAAGUCUCCAAAGGUCCCCUAUAUUAAGUAAAGAGACUCCUACUAUGAAUGACAAAUCUCCAACAUGUCAACACAGCGAAGUGCAAAAUGACGUCACCCUUAGAGGAGGGAUUGCAAGGGAAGGUGUAAAAGAUGGAGGGAUUGUAGUGGAUAUGAAUGAAUGCAUUGGGCAAUGUUGCAGUAGUACAUCGUGUAAUGUAGCUUUCAUGCUGAAGGAUAACUGCUUCUUACUACCUUGUACAGAUACACACCUUUGUCAAGUAGUUGAUCUCCCUACCAAAAGUCUUAAUACGAAACUGACUUUUGUUAGUCGCGAUAGCAAAGCCAGUGUAGAGCUGAAAAUGUUUGAUAAUAUUGUCAAGAGUCUUGGUUUGUCGUCUACUGCAAAGAUUCAGAACUCAAGUCUUAAUUCACUGAUUAAGAAGAGUAAACUUCCAUCCCAGAUGCAGACAGCCAAACUAGAAGGAACUGGACAAGUUGCAAGGCAUGAAGAGAUUAAGAAACCAUUGAGUUCAUCUUCGAGAGAUAGUUCAAACAAUUCGACCGUACAAGCAUUACUUGACGAAAUGAACUUGCUUACAUCACAAACUGGCUCCGACGAAAAUGGUUCAGCAAUGAAAGUCGAUUCUGAAAAGGAGUUGCAUAUGUUCUCGAACACUAAGCCAAGGACGUAUCCUCAUCCAAAUCGAGAAAAUACAUCGUCUUUGCACAAGUUACCAUUAAAGCCAAAACUUUGCCCUUAUAGUGAAGUAGAGUACAACACAACCAUUCAAGGUGGACUGGCAGCUGCUGACUACAAAUAUGGCGGGAAAGUGACUAACAUCAAUGACUGUGUUGAGCUGUGUUGUGAAUCCGAUAGCUGCAGUAUUGCAUUUAUGUUUUCAAACGAAUGUUUCCUUUUGGUGUGCAAAUCAGAGAACCAGUGCAAAAGUAUCCAAGCAGCUUCCACCGAACUCAACCCAAGGAUGGUCCGGUUGUUGAGGACAAACUCUGGAAAAGACAUUCAAAGACUGGCAGAACCAGAUAAGGUUCUUAAAGAGGCAUUAAACCCGAAGGGUAUAUCACCAUCAAAAAAGAAAUCUAGCGAAGAUAGUAAGCAUAAGAAAGAUUCCGUAUCUAGUUGUAUGAAAAGUGAUCCACAUCAUCACGUUGUGCCUGAAGGUGGAAUGCAAGGUGGGAAUUACAAAGAUUUUGGACGAGUUAAGUCAGUCCAAGAAUGCGUAAAGUUUUGUUGUGGAUGGGCGAAAUGUAGUAUGGCCUUCAUGGUUCUCGAUGGAUGCUUCGGGAUUUCUUGCGAAAAUGACUGCCGCGUUGUUCCAAGUGGGGAUUUGAGUUUCCAGUCGAAAGCUGUUUAUGUUAAAAGGCGUCAAGAUGUAUUGCACUGGUUGAAAUCGCAAGGUAUGUCCAGGUCUACGGUGCCUCGUGUUACUAGCCAUACUGGCAAGCAAAGUGAAAGCGUUUCAAACUUGAGUGGGGGUGGAGGUAAUCAAUCAAUUCAUCCGAAAAAUAAAAUCGAAAAGGCAACAAACAGCAAACCUGACUUAGUUCCUUUAAAAUCUUCAACUACCCAAAACACUUUCACAUCGAAGAAAGUUUCUUCUAAGGUACCAUUAGAUACUGGAAAUCUUAAAACGUCUAAGAAUUCAAUCCUGCAUGCAAAUAAUAUUAACCAGGCUGUCUCAGAUAAAAUUUCUGUUUCGAAACAGUUGACUUUACCUCAGAACAUCUCAGAAGAAUCGACGAUAUCCAAAGAUAAACGCGGUGAUGGAAUUAAACCUCAAAUCAAUGUUAAAGCAGCUGUAGAACCGAAGGUUUCGAGUCGUGGUAACGACAAAGGACUCUGUAUUCCGGGAGAGGUCGAACAUGAUGUUACUUUGGGGGGUGGGAUAAAAGCUGGAUCAUAUACUGAACAAGGCGAAGUCUUGAAUAUGCAUGAAUGUGUGGAAUGGUGUUGUAAAGAGAAGAGAUGCGAUGUUGCUAUGGUGAUUAAGGGUAUAUGUUACACUGUUUCUUGUUAUGAACGAAGAAAUUGUGUCAGUGUUCCUGUAAGAAGAAUACAGUAUCAUCCUAGCUUGGUUCAUGUAAGAAGAGUGAAACGAGGAAUGGCCCACGAUGGAUAUGAUAGAACAAACAAUGGUAAUGACGUAUCUCUGCAAGAAAUCGUGGAAGGAUCCAGUAGAACAUCAAGGAUCGAUCAUGGAUCACUCGACGAUGAACAUGAGAGCUCCAAAAAUGGAAAGUCAGCCAUCGAAGAUGAGUUGGUGGAUUUGCUGACGGAGCAGUCGCUAGGGGGGUCUAAUCGAUUCCCAAUACAAAAAGGUAAGCGAUCAAAGAAACGCUGUUAUCAUUGGAGGCCUAUUUGUCGUCAUCACAAACAAAUAAUAAAAAAUAACAUCAUCAGAUAACUAAACAGUUCGGAACUUUCCCAUUAGUAUAUUUCCUCACUAAUGAUAGCAUAUGCUUUUUCCUAAUAUAGAUAAAGGACACCGGUAUUCAUCAUUGGAUACAGAAGAUCAAAGCAACGAGCAUAUUUCGGAGAGGUUGCCUGAUCAUCAAACUAUGGAACCAACUAAAUUCUCCGAUGGAAAUAUCUUUGAUGUCUCUAGGGAUAGAGACAUAAACAUUAAGCCUAUUCAGGCAUCCCGCAGGCGUUUAGGGAUGUCGACCAAUGUCGACCCUCCCUCUUGCCUGCACAACCCGAUCUCUUACAAUGUUACGCUAAGUCACGGUUUGAGAUCGGGUCAUUUUAAAGAUCAGGGGAGGGUCGACAAUUUCGAUGUUUGCUUUCGUCUUUGUUGUCGUGACGACGAAUGUAACUUGGUAUUCAUGUUGCGCAGUUAUUGCUAUCUGGUUUCGUGUUACGAUCAAGAGUCAUGCGCAUUGAAACCAUUGGUGUCAACAGCUAACAGAGAGCUUGCAGUUGCGUUUGUGUAUAAAGAACGUAACAAGGAGUUAAUGGAUCGGAAUAGAGCUCCAAUGAAUCACGUGUCUUCUCUCCCCGCGAAUUACCAAACAAAUAAACAGAUUGAAAACGAGCCAGAUGUAACGAAUCAGAACGUUGAUCGAAUGUCUGACCAAGCGUUGCAAAGUAAUCCAAAUGUUGAAUCCAAUUAUCAAGAAACGAAACCAAUGAACCCACAUAUAGCGAAUACAUAUCUAACUGGAAAAGAAGGUUUACAAAACCCACAAUCUUCAGAUCAGAUUGUCGGGAAUAGACCCUUUAGUCAAACUCGCCCACCAAGUCUGGAUAUCACUCCAGAAACAAAAAGCACUGUACACCCGGACGAUUCCGUGAGCUGUAUCCCAGGUCCAGAACGAUAUUAUACAACUCUUCAAGGUGGGCUAAAUGCUGGGUAUUUCACGGAUAUUGGUUUCGUUUCCAACAUGGAAACAUGUAAACAGUACUGCUGUGAAAAAUUGGACUGUGAUGUAGCAUUAAUGCAACAAGAACGAUGUUACCUGGUCACUUGUCCACGCUCGGAGCUUUGUCGAGACGCUCCCGCGAGUUUCGCACGAGGAAUUACACGGGUAUCGCACAUGUUCCGUGAGGGAAGAUCCACUGUGAACGAAGGGAAUAUUAUUGGAAAUCGAGAGGAAAGUAUGCGAGGUAAUAGGGGUAUGUAUGGCUUUAGAGAUAAUCAUGAGGGUAUCGAUGGUAUCAGUAGUGAUGCUGAUAACCGUGGUAAUGGAAAUUUCCAUGAUUUUGGAGGUUCUCAUGAGGAUAUGAGUGGUAUACGUGGUAGUCAAGAUACUUAUGAUAUAGAGGGUAUCCGUAGUAAUGCGGACAAUCGUGGUAAUGGGGAUAUGGUCAGGGAUAUCAAUGGUGUUCAUGGUAAAGACGAAACUUAUCGCAGAGAAGGUAUUGGGAAUAUUUAUCAUAAUAUGAGAAUCUUGGAGGAUCGAGACACUCAGAGAAGUUCGCCAAUAAAAAUGGAGCGAAAAGACACUAUACCUGUUGGAUAUGAAGACAAUAGGCUACCCUCUAGGUCAUCUUUCGACGCGGAUGACAAAGAUAAUGACGAGGAGAUGAACUUACUGCGAGAUGCUAUUGCAGGUAUUGAACAGAAAAAGCAAUUACAAAAUGAAGAACAAUCUCACGAAAUGCGAAGUACGUCAGGGAUUCCAACUCCUCCCAGUCGAACCAAGACAGAUUUCGAGAAACUGUUCGAUAAAGACAGACAAGAUCCUCUGAUAUUUGAUGACUUGGCAGGAAGACGAAAACAUAGUUCGAAAAGCGAGGGUCUUGGAGACAUGGCCUCUGAUAUAUUGUCAAACAUUUUGAAGCAUCGCACCCAUGACUCUGUUGAAUCCAUUUGGUCGAAUGGUAGAGAUCCCUUACAGAAUGAGAUAACUAAAGCAAGGGAGACCAACACUCCAGAAAAAAUUGAAAAUGAACUACAUCAGUCGGAGAACAAGAAAAUCUCAGAAGAACAGGGACACAAAGCGAUGAGUGGUGAUCUUAAGGCACAAAGUUUGUCACCAUGGCCAGAGAAUAAUUCUAGGAUGAGCGGGGAUAGUGAUACUACGAGAUUAGACAGUGAUCUGGGAAGACAAGGGAAAUCUAGCGAGACGAAUGAGAACCCAGAUGAUCAGUCGAAACUUAUAGAAACUCUGUAUAAUCUUGUAAAAGAAAACUCUAGAACCAAAAAUGAUGAUAGUGUGAAACAGAAGGGAAACUAUAAUAAACAAGGGACAGUAUUAAAUAAAGAGACGAAUAAUGAUGAAAUUAUCGAUACAGACAGUCCCGAAAGUGACAUGAAUACUGCCGAAGAUGAAUACUCGGACAAUGUCGACAAUAACGACGGCUACAGAAGCGGGAAUGCUUACAAUUCUCGACUCAAGGACACUCAUCCCAAAAAAAUGUCAACUCAUUUUAGGCAUGCUCAGGAGAAUCGUUUUGGGUUGAAAGUGAAUGGGAAUGAUGUUCAUUAUAGAGAUAAUGAUAAUGAGGAUGAAAUAUAUGAUACUGGAACAGAAGAGGAUGGCGAUAAUGUAGUUGAAGAGAGAAAAUCUUCGUGGCAAAGUGGAAGGCAAGAAGGAAAAAUGAUUGGGAACUCUGAGCAGGAUGUAGAGGGAAGCCAAAGUAGAGAACGAGAAGAGAAAACGGAUGGGAAUUCUUAUCAAAGAUUGCAUGAUCGGCAAAGUGCAGAAGAGCAAAGAAAGACGAACAGGCUUUUGGACCAAGAUCUUGACUUCAUCACUGAUACGCUGGGGCAGCAAGAACUUCAAGAUAGAAAUGAUUAUGGCACGAAUGACGACAAUUUUUCGGAUUAUGGCGAUAAUAACCUCGAUUACUCAGACGAUUUAUCAAAGAUGGAUGAGUACAACUCCUUGGGCAUGAGUCGCAAGCUGCUUCAUUCUCAACCUACGAAUUUCAGAAAGCCGCAUUCUCCGGUGAAUUAUAACAUCAAGGCAAACCACUGGCAAAAUAAUGCUCAACGGCAUACAAGUCCUAACUUAUCGGAGAAUAAGGUCCAUUUUCUGGCUACGCAUUCUAAUGGGAGGCAGCCUUUAGUUUUCCUUGAGGAAAAGCAACCACUGGGGCAGGAAAAUGAUAAUCUUGUCAUGAAUGAGUUGCAAAAAAUCGAGGAUGAUUUAUCUGAAAUAAAAAUCCAGCCAAAAUCGGCAGAAGGUAUCUCUGAGCAUACCAUACAGAAACCGAAUAGCACAAUUAGCAAGAGCCCAAACUUGAUGGAGAAAUCCAAGGAUGAUAGGAACACUAAAGAAAGUAUUGUUGACAUAUUGGCCAAUCUUAAGGAUAUUAGUAGCCCAGCUUCAAAUAAAAAUUUUAAAGGACAAACUUCGAAUAAGACAAGUGAAGGUAACGUGGGUAAAACCGAUGACGAAAAGUUAAUUUUGGACCAAUUAAAUGAAAUCAAGGACCAGAUCGGAAAUAUCUCAAAGUCUUCUGGCAAUUCAGGGAAGACGAAGGUUUCUCCUAAGGUGGAUGAUAUUGGCGACGAAAUUAGUGAACUUCUUGGCGAAGACUGGGAUCUAGAUAAACGGUCACAUAUACCAAAGCCGAGUGUCAGCGAAAAAUGGGCACGUGGUGGAUUAGGACCUGUUUACCAUGAUUCUCGGAUGCAAGGUGUGGGGAAGAUUGGGACAGGAGAUGUCACUGGAGGUAAUGCUUUAGUUAAAAGUACGAUUUGUCUAAACUAAAUUAAUUAACUUUAUUUUUACUUAAUAUCUUUUUAGUUUUUAAAGGAUUUAGUGUCGAAUCAUGGUAUCUUACCUAAAAUUAACAAGUAACGAUAAGACUGCCUUCGCUUGUUACAUUUUGAAUAAAAAUUUGAUAAAUGAAGCAAGGAUUCUCAAAGGAUGGUUGAAUAUACGACAGAUUGCAGAAAACGUUUACUGAUCUGUUGAUCUACUCGGCCCACCAAAUGGCCUCUACAGCAGAAAUUUGAACCCGCAAUGCUAUGGUGUGACACUAAUCCGUUAAGCACGAAAUCUGCGAACAUAAAUAAGCAUACAUGUAAUUUUUUGUCUAUGAAGUGUGAUGUUUAAGGAUUUCCUUGUUACUCCAAGUACAUGUUUCUCUCCAUAUCAAUAUUUUGUUCUUUAUAGUGGAGCAAAGUGUCCCGAACCUCGGGCAAGAAUUUGUCACACGUGCCCCACCUACCUUCCGCCCUGUGGGCAUCAACCAACACCUACUCACAACUCCCAAAAUGCCACAACUGGAACCCACCUUGCCAACUCCACUCCCACAUUACAGGGACAACGAACCAACAGAGAAAAGCGAGAUUUCUAAACCAAGCCACGAGUCUUUCAUUCCCACAAAGUUGGAUCCAUCUCAUAUAGGUAACCUUAUGGUUUCCCUUGAUAAAUCCGAAAUUUCCAGCAUGUCAGGAAACCGAGUCUCUCCUACGUCCAGAGCAGCAACCCCAAAGGUGCCGCAAAAUCCUUUCAUUCCAUUUUCAAACGAUAAGGACGAUGUACAGUCCAGUUCAACCCCUCAAAGGGAAUCGCGUAUCAAUGGUAAUGCCGGCGACAAGGCUCAAAAUAGGCAAUUAAAGGCAGUAAUUCCCUCGCCAGCCGAUCCUGUACAGGAACAACCAAGCUUUCAAGAUAUACAUGACAUGGUGGUGUUUAGUAAGAAGAAACCGAAGGCAAAAAAUGCUGCAAAACAGUUCAGAAUAGGUAAGUUUCAAUUGUGGUAAAUUUUACCAGACAUAACUUAAGGCAUGUUAAAAAGAGCUCUGCUAACCAGGAAACUUACAUGAGCGACAUCCGCACCAUGCUCUUUGUCAAUGCGCAUAAAAUUCAAUUUGUAUAGGUAAUAGUAUGGUUUCGAGUGCAAUUUGGAAAAAAUAUGUACGAGUGAGUAUUUCAAAGACGAUCAAAAUUCCACGAGCCCGAAGGACGAGUGGAAUUUGAAGUAUUUGAAAAACUCGCGAGUGUAUGUUUCUUCAAAUUGCACGAGAAACCAUACUAUUACUUAUUAAUAAUAUACAUGAAAAAAUUAUGCAGUCACAUGCGUGCGAAAUAGUUAAAUUUAAUAUAAAUAAUUUUAAUAGAAAAUCUACUAAAAAAACGCCAAGCUAUUUUUGUAACUUAUAAAUGUUUGGGAUUUUUGUAUUAUUUUCUGCUAGAAAUGGCUGUAUCUUAUAAUGAAUGAAAUUUGCACUGUAUUUCGUAUUUCGGCAAUGUAUGUCAAAAAUUGCACUGCUCUUAGCCAAUCAGAAUUGAGAAAUUUUUUAUGUAUAUUAUUAGUGUUCAUAUACAGUAAGAAAUGAGCCAGCUCUGCAAGGUGGGAUCUCAGUUAAGUGGGAUAAAAUACGAAGGCUUUAAUCGCCUGACCGGGAUGGACAUCCACCAGCCGAACUGUCUCGCAGGCAUCUUGUAUAAAGGAAUAGCUCGUUGACUGAUUCAGGGACACCAGGGUCCGGAGAUUUCUUCAAGGUCGGUAACAUGAGAAACAAGAGAGCGAACGUCUUUGGAAGAAAAACUAGUGGACGCAUGGCGGCUUUCUUGGAUAGCAAACAUUGUAAGAGACCAAAUUUAUGACCUCUUACAUGUUUGCUUUCUAUCGAAGUCGAUAUUAUCAGUGGCAAAGAACUGUUUUCUGAGAAAGAAGAUGCUUUGCAGGAAGUGAGAGAAUAGAAAUGUCACAAGUUGUACGAAGUUGAUUGUCGACAAGAUUAUCCUCAGAAGUCUCGUAAUAUUUUGUUGUCGUCAUGGUGAUUUCAUCUCUGAGGUCAGUCAACGUCGUCGCACACACAAAGGAUGGUUGGAAUAGACAUAGCCUAUCGAAGGGAAGAUGGCUGUGAAACUCAUUAGAAUAACAAUAUAACUCAUUAUCUAUGUUAGUCAACGUUUAUUUAUAAAUCUGGUCCUUUCACCGUCACGUGUGUAUUGUAUUUUUAUCAAAUCCACCAAUAGCAAUUUGCAGUUUCCCCCGCAUUGUUCGAGUCACGGAUAAGUGACUUUCCUAAAACAUUGCUAUUGGUUAGUUGGGCAAAAAAAAAAUACACACGUGACGGUGAAGGACCAGAUUUAUGAAUAAACGUUGACCAACAUAGAUAAUGAGUUAUAUUGUUAUUCUAAUGAGUUUUACAGCCAUCUUCCCUUCGAUAGGCUAUGGAAUAGAUUACGGAAGCAAUUGACACAAUUUCUGUAAAAGUAAAUAGCCCAGGCUAUGUAUUUUCUCCAGAUAACAAUAACAUACAUAUUUAACAGUUAGUCACCAAAGCCAAGGUGAUUACAAGCCUAUAUUCACUGAGCUGCGAAGCAGCGAACAAUAAUUGGCUGGAGAGCGUGGAAAGCUGUAGAAUUUGUAAACAAAGGAGUAAGCACAAUAUUUUUCUUGCCCUCCAGAUAUUGUUAUUCAAAGUGUUUUUAGGCCAGCUGCAAAGGGCGUAUCGAUCUUUAAAGUAGUAACUAGGGAACAUUGGCUUAAAUAUUUUGGAAUAUCAAUACAAAUACAUUGAUAUAAACCUUUCGAAUAUUUUUCUGUUUCAGCUAAAAUUCCCCAUCUUCUUGCCCACUUAAACUUUGAAAACUCUUCUGGUUUAACAAUCCUGGACGACUCGGGCUUAGGCCACAACGCGAAAAUGUCAGGCGCCAUAUUGAUUCGCCCUUACAAAGGAAAAUGCAGCUCAAUUGCCAACUUCAAAGGCGGAAAAAUACUCUUCGAUCCGGAAUCCUUUCACGUUAAGCCACGAACGGCUGUCACGGUUGCUUUAUGGAUCAAGUUUGAUCAUUUUGCUGGAGGUGUCUCGUUAUUCAGCGUCCAACGAAGUCGAAGCGGACAUGGUGGAAAGCUCGAUUUGCGGAUUUCCGCUGGUAGGGUAUGGUGGGCUCAUGUCGAUGAAAACCGGAAGCUGAUUUUUGACGUAAGUACGAAAUUAGCAACGUUAAACAUCCUCAACCUGUAACAAAGAUCAGAAUUACAGAUCAUAGGUUACCUGUUGAAACUGGUCAAUAUAGCAAUGUUCCAUACGAUAAAAGAGCAAAAGUAGACUGAACAGCGUAAAGCCCUGUGCAGAUGGGCAAUUUUUCCUUGACAAGUUUUAUUUGCCCGUGUGUACGGCUAGUCAUGCCAGCUUUUGCACAAGGAUUUUUUUCGUGUGUAUGGCUGCCAAGGAAAACUUGACAAGUGUACAAGAAAUACUUCUAUGGUGUUGCCAAACAAAAGGCAGUAAUGACGUGAGAUAAAUGUUUGCAUACACACUAGGAACAAAAAUUGGCAAGGAAAACCUGUUGACUGUACACACAGAAGGUAUAAAGUUGUCAAAGAAAACUUGUUAAGGAAAACUUAUUGACCGCACACACGAGAAAGUCAACUUGUCAAGAUAAACUUGUCCAGGUAAACUUGUCAGGGAAACUUGUCAAGGAAAACUUGUUGACCGUACACACGAGAAGGUAAAUUUGUCAUGGAAAACUGUGACGGAAAAGUUUCUCGUCCGGGCUUUAAUUUCUUGGUUUACUGGUGCUUCAAACGAAGCUAGGGCAAAAUUUACGGGGAAUAGGUCCUUGUUGAACCUCUUCAAACUUAAGAUAUAACAGAAACCUACAUUAUUUUGACAUAUAAACACUCGCAAUCCAACGUUGUUUUUAGAUCAAUACGAGAUUAUCGGGGAUUGCCGCUGGACAAUGGACCCACAUUGCAGCAACAUACGACUCGAAAAUUCGUAUGGCAAAGGUUGUCGUGAAUGGCAGAUUGGUCAGCGAAAUCGAGGCUAGUGGAUUUAUAUCACAACAAUGGCUUGGUGACGUAGGUAUUGGACUGCUGAAUAGUUUCCAUGGCAGCGUGGAUGAGUUUUAUCUGUACGACCGUGCGUUGACGACUCCCGAGAUUGAUCGUGCACGACAUAAGUGUCAUGAACUUCUAGGUACGAUUUUAUUUAGUUACUUUUCAUUAUUGUAUGUCACGCUAACAUUAUUGUAUGUUGCAAAAUUGGAUACUCAAAAGUCCUUAAUUUUUCAGAGAAAUUAAGUUCUCAAAUGUCCUCAAUUUAAGUUUUAGAAAAUCUACAUUUUUUAUGAAAAGUCCAGUGGCGGUGUUAGCCAUAACAACAGGUCAUUAUUCAAAUAUUAGUAUGGCAUGACCAGUUGCCAUGGCUAGCUUUGCCACUGGAAAAUUCAAUGUGACUUGCAUAUACUACUCACUCACUCACUCACGUAUUUCUUUCCAUUCGUGCAAUCAGUGAAUCGCUUCUGUUUCCAUUUCAUGAGCCACGCGCUAUAGUAUCAGUUUUCAAAUUAUACCAGAAAUUGUUCGUUUAAAUUACAUAUUUACACGAUGAAUAGACCUCAAAAAUUCCAUAAAAUUUAUAUCUGGAAAGAACCCUGCCCAACGAUAAUCGUGGUUACUAGGUUUUAUGCAUUCAACUGUUUUUCGUUUCUUUCAGUCUCGAGGAAGAGCAAAUUAGUUCCAACUAUGAAUCCAUUGAAACAACCUCCUGUUACAGUCACUUCAGCGAAUCGUGCUACCAUUAAUGUAACCUCACCUAACACGUGCUCAGAAGGAACCUUUCAUGUGAACAGCACGCUGCAAGGUGGUCACAACGCGGGAAGAUUUGAAUACCAAGGCCGUGUUAAGAAUGUGCUGAAAUGUCUAAAACGAUGCUGUGAUUUAAAAUAUUGCGAUUUGGCAUAUAUGGGCAUGGAUGGUUCUUGUUAUUCUGUGCAUUGUAAGAAUGAAAACCUCUGUAAAGCUGUCCCUGUUAUUGGCGGAGAAUCCACAAGCGUGUUUUAUGUCUCCCGAAAGGCAAAACCUCUUGGAGGUAAGAAGUUUAUCGAAACAAAAGAAAAAUACAUUGGUAAUAAUAGAUGUUUUUGAAUAAUUGUUCUUGAUCGUAGGUUACCCUCAAAUAGUCUGAUGUUGUACAAAAUUCAUUCAAAUGUACGUCUAGCUGUUUUACAUUGUUGUUUUAAAUUCACUAACUUAAAUAGUUUUAAUAUCUCACUAUUGGAACUGAAUUCUAAAUAAAGAUAAAAGGUUUAUGGACAUAAAUGAAGGUUUAUGGACAUUAUUGUUGCUACCAAAUCCACUUUCAUUUGAAAUUUCACAUAUGAUUUCACAUGUGAAAGUGUCUUUUCAUGCACAUGUGUUUUCCGAAUUUCACAAAAACGUUUCUGAAUCUCAAAUUUCAUAUGUGAAAUGUUCCAAUUCCGCAUAAAAUUUCACAUGUGGAAUCGUAUGUAAAUGUCCCUAAGGGCUAAUUAUAAUCUUUUAUAGGCAAUGCGCUGUCACUCUUAAAACAAACCAUGAAACACAAUUCCACAGCUGAUGGGAAGACUAACAAGACUCACCAUGAAGCAGCAGCAGUUUUCCAGGACGCGCCAAUACUCAAUAAAGAUGCACCCCAGGAAGAAUGCAGAGGGGAAACCGUGUUUUAUAACGUGGGCUUGAAAGGAGGUUUGCCUGCUAACAGUUUUAGAAGAUAUCGAGGAGUGAGGGCCAUGGAAUCGUGUUUGGGACAUUGUUGUGAGUUGAGUGACUGCGAUUUGGCUUUGAUUCAAGAUGGCGAUUGUUUUGCUGUGCACUGUAGUACGCACGAACUGUGCAAAGUCGUUGGUGGCGUUGGGGAACUGGCGCGAGUGUGGCGACGUACUUCAGGUAAGUUAAAGGAAAAAGAAUUUUCUUCCUGGGAGCACAACCUGGAGACAAAAAUUUCCUGCAGACCAAUGGAGUGUUUUUGUACUAAAUCUACAUGUGCAUAAACAUAUAGUGUUCUAGCUGAGCAUGAUUUUCAGUUCAGGGAAUAAUGUCUGUCCACCAUGUGUUGUUGCGCCCAUAGUGGGACAUGGGUGUUAAGGUUUCAUUAAAAUAUAAUUUUCAAUAUCAAAUCUUCAUUCAAACGAAUUUCCUGGCAGCUGUUUAACAUUUCCUGCGAGCAGUUUCGCGUGCUCGCCUACUUUUUCUACCGUUGUUGAUGAGUGUUCCAAGUUCCGACCAUGCAUUAACUUAAAUAGAAUACCCUGAUAGUGUUGGGGAAGUAUUAAGACAGCUAACCAAGAUCGCGUGACUGCCAACUCCCAUGCACUCUCCCCUCGUUUUAAUCAAUGAAAUAUUUUUAGGCUUCAAAAUCGUCACAGCGAUUUAGUCUUUUCCAGUAUUGUAAGUUAGGAUUUUCUGCGAAUGACACCAAGCAAACGGAUCUCUUGAUCUCGCCAGCUUAAUCUUGAUCGGUACAACACCAAGAAUUUAACGGUUUUGUACAAAUAAAUUCGAGUGGAUUCUUUCUUUUUCAUGUCACCCACCUAGUUUUAUCAUUCACUAUCCAAUCAGUUAUUUGAUAGUUAAUGAUUUGCUUGUUUCUAAGUCAUUAAAAUGCAUUUAAAGGAAAAUUGUGCAAGUAUGAAAUUGCUGAAAUUGUUUGAAUGUUUGUUGAGAGUUCUGUGGAUAAUGAGCUUGAAAUUGCGAACAUUCACAUAAAACGCAUGCAAGUAUGCAAUAUCGCACAGCAUAUUAAGAUCACUAUUUUAACAGCUGUUUUUAAGCCAAUACAGAUGAUUUUGUCUUUUCAGUGAACUUUCUUAUAUUUAUAUUUUUUGGUAACUUUUAGUAACAUUAGAGGGUGUGGUCGAGUUUUGAUUAAUAUAUUGAUUUAAUUUCUUAAGACAAGUCAUCUAGAAACCAAACUGAUCGCUACCAAGGAAAAGCGCUUGUUCUGUAUUUCGGGUUUCAUGAUGUCUCAGGAAAUAUUGUCCAUGAUGGUUCUGGAAGGAACAAUAACGGGAAACUGAACAAAGGUAAUUGAUGGUUUCUUUUGUUUUACCUUUAUGAUUUCUUGUGUUUUAUUAAUAUUAUUCCAUCUGGCUAUUCAGCUUUUCUACUGCUAUCCUAUAACCUAAGAAUCCUAUUCUAUAUUGACUUCUUUAAGUUCGUAUGCAAUUUUUCCAGUGAUAUAUGCUUUGUUUUCAAUUUGUUAAUAUUGAGGUACAAAACAAUGCAUUCUGACAAGAAUAAUCCAUUUUCUUUUUUUUCUCCAAUAAUCUUCUCAAUCUUCUGUAUAAUAUUUUCGCAUUUCCUUUUGACUAAAGUCUACUGAAAUUCUUUUAGAGAUUGUAUAAUUGUUUGUAAUAAUAGUAUUUAAAAUGUCUUCCAGACGCGAAGAUAAUGACAUACAGCAGGCAUGGACCUGGACUAGAUUUAACCGAAGGAAGAGUGCUGCUCGAUGGACAUUUUUUCCAAGGAAAACCCAAAGAUGGAAUAUCUAUAGCAACCUGGCUUAAAUUGUCAACCAUCGAAGGAAACCAUGUGGUCUUCAGUAGUACAAGUAGCAAACAGCGCCUGAGUAAAACUUCUUACUUAUUCAGAAUCCAAGAUGGCCGAAUUCUCUGGUCACAUCAAAACGAAAUCGGUGAAAAUGUAUUCAUGGUUGUUUCCCCUCUUGUCAUUGGUCCAAAUAUUUGGUGUCACGUGGUUGUGACGUAUGACUCGGUUUCAGAGAAAGCGAAAGUAUUGGUCAAUGGAAAAGUUAAAGCAGUUGGGCGUGGUCGCGGGAAACUGUCGGACCAAUGGGGAGAAUGGUCGUAUUUUGGUGCCAAUUUGAAUGGAAAGGCAUUCAACGGUUAUUUAGACGAGGUGUAUAUUUUCAAACGACCAUUGCAUAAUUCUGAAGUUAGGAAGUAUCUCACCAACAUGGAUGCGAGGAAUUAUGGAUUGAACAAUAUCUCAAAAGUCACAAAGGAGAAAGAUUUUCCAACUAUAGCUUCCAGUAAACGUCUGGAAAAUAUACGAAAUUCACGAGGCAAAAACGUUGUGAAGUUAAACGUUUCUGACCAUCCACUGAAUAAUUCUACCAGCAUGAAUGUUAAAAUGGCACAAAAUUCUACCUACAGGAAUACAUCAGAAAGACUAUUUGAAGGAAAACAGCGCAGUAAGCCAACAGACAAUAAUUUAACAAACUCGCAGAAAAAAGAUACAAAGUUUAAAGGUUUGUUUUCCGAACUGAAAGCUGCUACGAUGCCCAAUUUGACCGAUUUUUCGUGUGCUGCAAAUGGCACAGUUUAUGAAAAGAUGACAUUUCGGGGUGGGUUACAGUCAGGGAGAUUUUUUAAAAUUGCUGAUGUAAGUAACACUACAAAUUGUAUAAGCCAGUGCUGUAAGAGAAACACAUGUGAUGCUGUCAUUAUGAAAGGAACAACUUGUUUUGCCUUGACAUGUCGGAGUAAAAAACUCUGUGAGCUUCAGCCGGCCAAGUUAUCUACUUUUGACCUAAAGAUUGCUUUUGUCAAGCGGACUCCAAAAGGAGCAAUCAACCAAUCAUAUCAAAGGAUUUCGUCGUCUAGUAACAAGUGUGUACCUGGAAUUAGGGUUGCUAAUGUUACUGUUAAUGCGGGCGUAGGAGCCGGGCAGGUUGUCCAAUAUAGAAAUAUUAAUAAGGUUGAUGAGUGCGUCGCUCAGUGUUGUUCAAUACCAAAAUGCAAUACUGCUUUCCUGGUUCAGAAUACAUGCUAUGUCAUUGCUUGUGUUAUUAAAGACUUUUGCAAGGUACGCCCGCCCCCAAGUGCGGACUUUUUAUCCGAGGUUGUUUACGUUAACAGAAGUGGGAAAAUGUUAUUUAAGGAUCCUGAAAAUGCCCUAAUGCUACCUUCGAAAUUUAUCACCCAUAAACAUAAGAUGGUGUUGGGUUUGAAUGCAUCACAUGAUGCAGCUCAUACGUUAGAAAUGAAAAACAAGGAGGUACAAAAAGGCAACAAAGCAGAAACAAAAGAUCACAAAGGGCCGCAUAACGCAACUAAAACAUACAGCACAGAAACGGAAUGUCGUGUUGAAACGAUCAAGACCGAUGUUCGACUCGCUGGCGAUCUGAGUGCUGGAGUGUUUGUGGAUCAUGGUAUUGUGAGAGGGAUAAAGGCGUGCAUCAUAAAGUGUUGCAGUGAUCCAUUGUGUAAUGUGACUUAUAUGAUUGGGAAGAAAUGUUUUGCAGUACGAUGUCAUAGUGUUGAACUGUGUAAACCUGUUCCUGCUUUGCCUAAGGCCUUGAGUCCAACCGUUGCUUUCGUUCGUCAGGGAAGGUUAAGAGGUAAGUUGGUAUAUUUUGCUGUCUCUUGUAUGCUGGUGAUCCUUUCAUGAUGAAUUAAAGUGUAGUUUGUAAUUAAUUUGUUGAUUGGAUUGUUAUAUGGUUGGUCUUUUUGGUUUGGUAGUUGUUUGUUAGUCGUCUGUGGUGUGUUUCAGUUAUUUGGUUAGUCAGUUGAGGUAGCAGUUAUUUAUAUAUUUAUUUUUUAAUUUAUUAGUUAGUUAAUUAUUUAGUUGAUUAGUUAAUUAGUUAGUUAUAGUUAAUUAGUUAGUUACCUUAGUUAUUAAUUAGUUAGUUAAUUAGAAAGUAAAUUAAUUAGGUAGUUGGUUUCAUAUUAAUUUGGUAGUCAGUGCAAUAGUUAGUAAUUUACUCAAUAGUCCAUUAGUUAGUUAACUAGUCUAUGUGCUUGGUAGAUAGUUACGAUUGGUUAUAUGAAGAAAUUGAGAAUAGUUGAUUCGUUUGAUUGGACAAGAAGAGACUUUUCAAUUAAUAGCUUAUUCACAGAUCUUAAGUAAAAUUGAUUUGCUUAAGAAAUGCUUAGAUUAAAAUUAGGACAUAGAAUUUAGAUUCAAAGUAUUGCUUUCAUUUCUUUACUGCAAGAUCGUUUAUUGCUCUAUAAUUCUACCAUUUGUGAAGGUAAGCCAUUGGUAAUUCAACAGUGGACUUCUUUUUUACAGUGACCCACUCGCAUGGGCAAACUAACCACCAUAAUGGUAGACCACGUUUGAGAAACCUGCUUCACGCUUGGAGGAAAUUGCAAAGAUACAGAAAAUUAAAGAAAGGACGUUUGAAUAUGGCUCACCAUUCUUUGAGGCACAAAAAGAAACAUAAGAUAAAUCACAAAGCAAAGCACAAGAAAAAGCCCAAGCUGAGACAUCGGCUCAAACUUAAGUCGCAAAAGAAAAUGGACAAAGAGUUAGUUUCCAAACAUGGUAAACACCACCAUCAUCACCACCAUCAUCACCACCACCAUCUUCAUAACCAUCAUCAUCACAAGGCUAAUAACAAGAAUAUCACAAGGCAUGAUAAGAUGAUCAGCAAGAGUCAUAAGGUUAAAGUCAAAGAGAAGACCAUCCAUGUUCAUAACACCACGGCAAAUAUCAAGGAAGGUAGGUUUAUUUGAAAUAUGUUAAAAUCACUACCCUACUGUGUAUCUCACUAUAUGUGCAUAGGAUACGGUAUCAUAUCGUCAAAGCUACGUGUCCUUCCUCUCUCUAGGAAAAAAACUUGUUUUGUUUUCGUGUCAAAACAUUCAGGAAUGUGACUACAUUCCUACGCUUAUUACUGCUAAAAUGUCAAACUAUUAUUAGCUAAUUUCGGAACAAUAUCUUGCAGAUCACGAUUACACGACGUCAGCAAUGUAGUAGUAUUCCUGAAAGUUUUAACACGAAAAUACCAUACCAUACCAUAAUACCAACAAAAACACAUAAUACCCUACUAUACCAAAUCAUACCUUACCAUUGUACAGAAAUAUUUUUCUCAAAACAAUAUACGUUCUUUGUAGCACAAUCCUACUGUCCAAGAAUGUUCGGCUGUCAACACAGUUGUACUUACUUGCCUGACAUUGGCUAUAAAUGUACUUGUCCUUCUGGGCUAACCCUGGCAUUUGAUGGAAAACAUUGCAUCAGUAAGUUAUGAAACCUCUCCGUUUGUGCUGACAAUGUUGUCUUGUUAGUUACAGACAUUAGGGAUUAGAUCCUCAAUGGACCAUUUGCAUUAUAGACUACAUUUUGGUGUAGACAAAAAUUUCAUCACAGCUUGAAAGAGCAUCACAAAAUUAGUAAUAUUCCAAAGUUUCCUUAGGGAAAUGUUGUAAAAUGCGGAUAAUAUAGCCUUGCGAAAUUUGCAAUUUUCAGUCAUUUUGUAUUACAAACGGGAAAUCGAUGCCCCAACACCCGAUUGGGCUGUCAAUUUCCCGUGCGUAAUAGAAAAUGACUGAAAAACAGCAAACUUCGCAAGGCUAUAUUAUCCGCAUUUUACAACAUUUCGCAACGAAACUUCGGAAUAUUACUAAUUUGGUGAUGCUCUUUCAAGCUACGACUUGGCAGUCUAGACUUGUCUAGAUCAAAAUUUAGUACAAUGCAAAUGGUCCAUUGCUUCUAUAGCUAAUUUUCAUAUAUCAGGAUUAACGGAAAAUUAAAUUGUGGACUAAAUUGAAGCAUAUUUCAAUGCUGUAAGCAGGGGAAUGUUGGUGGCUGGGUGAUUAGUGCAUUAAGUACAUUUUCCCCACAGAUGCGUGUAAGAAACGUGCUUUGUAAGAGACGUGCUUUCAAUUUGACUCUAUUCCAAACCUCUCAGCUUUUCACCAGUAGUAACACUGGCCCAAUAAGAAAUGACACUGUACCUCCACGAAGAAUAGAGAAGUUCAGAUUUGAAUUCCGCUUCCGCUACGAUUAACCAAUCAGAUGCGUUCAACCUAAUCGAUUAAUAUACCAACAGAUGUGUAUUGGGCCAGUGAGAGGAAGUGGUAGCAUUAGUGGGGGUCAAAUCUGAACUUCUGUAUUAACGCAGUUUGGACAAAAGCUGAGACGAGAGCUAUCUACAGUAUAUGACAAGUAAAGUAUGUCAGGUCAUCAUAUAUUUAGGAUCUCGCGGUGGUUUAUACAUAACAAUUAAAAUUUUGACAAUACAUUUUGAAUCUGUUGUCUCUACCCUCUUGUAUACGACACUCACCUAGUCUUUCCUUAUUCAAGAAAAACAUGAUACAAUUCUUAUUAAGCUAAAUGACAAUGCCGCACUUGUAAUGAGUACCUUAAAUAAGUAGAAUAUUCUAAUUCUGUACAAGGUGACCUCACUAUAAAGAUAAGCCUUACCGGUUUCAUGAGGUCCCCUUGCCUUUACUACUACAAGUUAUUAUGUGUAAACUUAAUAUUUGUGGCAAAUAAAUGUAUCUUGUUAUUCUUGUAUCUUGUAUCUUGUAAUGUAAUUCCUUUCUCUGUAGAAAGUAACAACUGUGUGUUUGGGUGGCAUCGUUGUCAACAAGUGUGUGUACAGUUACGAGACAGAUUUCGAUGUGAAUGUAACUCUGGAUAUUUUCUCAAUAAGGAUGGUCGGCAUUGCGAUGGUAGGUGACAAAUUUCGUACCGAACGCCUGUUUGCGUGUUGUUUUUUUUAGAUGAAACAUUUGAACGCAAAUUUAUAUACACCUUAGAACUAUCGACCCUUUGGCAAGAAUCGAUGCCUAAAAAUCUCGAUAUGAUGAUCUCUCAAAUUUUUUUCUGAAUUUUCAGACAUCGACGAGUGUCUACUGGGUAUUGGUAAAUGCAGUCAGCGUUGUGAAAACAUACCAGGAACUUAUGUUUGUAGAUGCAAGAAAGGAUUUUCGCUCAAGGCGGAUAAUAAGACUUGUCAAAGUAAGAAAUUUUGUGUCGUUUGCUUUUUCGGAAAAUUUGCGUGAGUUUUGCAUGAAUACUUUGCAUAUUGAAUUUUGAGAUUUGGGAGAGUACAUGCAGUUAUUUAUUAUUUGCUUGACAAAAUUACUGGAUUCUAAUUAAUCGAGAGGAGUACAAUUAUUUCAUAACUGUAAUUCAGUAUAGGAGUGAGGCUUGGGGAUCUAUUUGAGCAAAAAAUAUUAAAAAUGGCGUCCCAACAGGAGUGAAUUUUUUCCACCUUUUUCUCAUGAGUUCGAUCUAUUAAUAUAAUAGGAAUAUUUGGAAAGAAAAAGCAGUAAGUGUCCAGAAUUAAUGUUCUAGAAGAAGAAAAUGCCUAAUUUAUUGCUAUUUUUAAUCAUAGAUAAUCAUGUCCAUUCAGCAACAACGAAGAGCCAUUUGAAUAAAAAUAUUUUGACAGGUAUGUUCAGAUGAGAGUUACUCUGAGUUAGUCAUAACUUUGUCCCAGUGAACAUUUAAUAAUUAUUCGCCUCAGGCUCGGUGAUUAUUGGGGAAUAUUCACCUCGACUUUUGCACAAGUUUUUUUGUGUUUUUCUGGUCUGAAUUCAUUUUAAUUUCGCUUAUUUUUUAUCACUAACUUCAACAAAACGGCUAGCCGCCAUUUUGAAAAUUUCGAUUUUGUUAUAACAGAUUAAUACGUCAAAUUUGACCAAUCACCUUGCAGGAUUUGUUAUGUUCACUUGUGCGAAAAUACUAAUUACUGUUAAUCAUUUAUAAUAUAUUAAAUUUGAACUCAGUAUAUUAGACAACCAUACGCGCAUUUUAAAACAUUUUGAAUUGGCUAGGGCGUAGGGUAGAAUUGGGAAAAUUAACAUUGUGCACUAAAUGAGAAAGUAAAAAACUCGAUAAAAUUUGACCCAUUGAAAUACUCUCAAUAAUCUGAUCAUCUUUUUUUGUCAGCCCCAGUGGAAGUCGCAGUCCAGUUUUCUGAGAUGAAAGUCCUUCAAGGUCAAAAGGCAAUCCUAAAUUGCCGCGCACGUGGCAUACCUGCGCCAACGAUAAAGUGGGCCAGCGGAGAUGACGGUGCUUUUCCACUCCCUCCGAAUUCUCGAUUCAAAAUAUUUCGUGGAAAUUCCUUGCUUAUUGAGUCUACGAACAUCAGUGACAGCGGAACAUAUUAUUGCAUCGCAUCGAAUAUUUUAGAAAGCAAAUCCAGGUCAGUAGCGAUUAUGGUGGCUUUUAAUAAGCUUUCAGCAGACGUGGUCAGCUUAGGAAAUAUUUGCGCUUAAUAGGAGUAGGAAAAUUAAACCUGAUCUUCCAAUCCUAAUACAAAUAUAAAUACAAUAUAAAUUUAUUUAGAUCCUCCUCGGAGGGCUUUUCAGGUCUAAUUACAGUUUCGUUUAAAUUACAUGGUUUAAAAAGAUAUAAGAGAAGAAGUUAUUUUCAAGUUAUAGUAAAAAUGCAAUACAGAAAGAUGCAUAAUGGCGCUCACAUUUGCGUCCAACUUCUCCAAACACACGGCAUUGAUGCAUGACGGUGCUUAGUGGAGUCCAUGAUGCUGACCCUAAAGUGUAUAUGAAAGCCAGCAAAUGACUUUCAAUUAAACAACUGUUAGAGUUUAGGGGCUUUAAGUACGCACUGUAACACGACGACGACAGCUUAAACAAUCUUCGUUAAAUGAAAUAUUGCAAAUAUUCCACCUAGUGCAUGCUUAUAAAUACUAUAUACUAAAUUCUGCCCCCAAUCCUUGAACUUUAUUCUAACCCUUAUGAACUAAAUUUAUCCUGAACCUUAUCGUAACCUGACAAUUCCUAUGUCGAAUUCGUAACCUGACAAUUCCUAAUUCUAAUUCCAGUUCUAACCCAAACUUCUCCACCAAAAUUAUUGUGAUGUAAUUUUUAGUCCCAUGCAUUUACUAAACCGUCAUGUUUAUUUCGAAAUCUAGGUCAGUGAAGUUGGAUAUUAUGGAUGAUGAUGAAUGUCAGAGAAAAAAGAAUGAUGUCUGUCAGCAUCAGUGUUUGAACACCAAAGGAAGUUACCGCUGUUCUUGUCACCAUGGUUACAGAUUGCAUCACGAUGCUCAUACUUGUGAGGGUAAGUUGUUUGGAGAAGUCGAGAUGCUUGUAAACAUUGUCUGUUAAAUGUUUGCCCUUUUUUGGUUCUUCAAGAUAUUUGACCCUUCAUUUCCAUAAACUUGUGAUAAUGUGACGCUUAAAUUAAGGUAGGAAAGUGAUAUUCAGUUUGACUCAACGAGACAUGAAUCUGUUGUUAAUGCUCAUCAACUGGACUCUGUAGCUCAGUUGGUUAGAGCGCUGCACCAUACAAUGGCAGGGCCGCAGGUUCGAUUCCAGCCAGUGAAGGUUACCUCAUUAGAUCCAAAAAUGUGUAUAAAUUUCUAUUCGAAAAUUCCAUCUAUACAAAAUCCCAUCUAACAUAAGUUCUAUCGUACAAGCAUGGCCGACAAUCUCGAUAUUUUCCCUUAUAACAACUAGUUUGUCAAUAUGUAUUCGUGUUUACUUUCAGAUGUGAAUGAAUGCAAUCAGUCCAAUCACACAUGUUCACAUACCUGUAACAACACGAUGGGCAGUUUUAUAUGUUCAUGUCCAGAUGGCUACCAACUUGACCAUGAUGGCCACAACUGCAUAGGUAAGUAGCCGAAUUUAUAUUAGAUACGAGAAAACCAGAGGACUUACAAUUGCAUUUUUCGCACCUGUUCCUGGUAGGUCUAGUCAAUGUGUAUAAAAUUUUCAUUCGAUAGUUUCCAUCCACAACACUCUUCAAUUAUUUUGAAUAUAACUUUAUCUCGUUUUCGUAACUUUAUGUUCUCAUUUUCCUGACUUAGAUAUAGAUGAAUGUUCUACAUCCUCCCACAAUUGUUCACAGCUGUGUCAAAAUACUGAAGGAGGUUAUCAAUGUUCUUGUGUUGAAGGACACCAUCUAUCGUUGGAUAAUAGAACCUGCCAUUGUAAGUAUGCAAUCUACAUUAUAAUAGCAGUUGAAAUGGCCGCUGCAUGUGUGAACUGGAAUCAAGAAGAAGCACUGAAGCUAAUUGUCGAAUAAAAAUCCAUAAAUACUUUUCGAGAUUAAACAGUAUCUCUAACUUUUAGUUCUAUGUUCUAAGUUUAAAUGAAACACAUAAAUUUAAAGUAUUAAAUAUAACUUAUUUAGACAGUACAGUAUAUUCAAGCCAUUGCAAACAGUCGAUAAGAAUUUGUGUUUAUAGAUUGCUACUGUUUAUAGAUUCACACUGUAUUUUUCAUCUUACUUUAGCUGAAAAAUCGUCUUCGAAAAAGGUGAAACACGCCUCGAUGACAAAAGCAAUUGGCGCGUUGGUUGCCGUGGUAACAGUCAGUAUAUUGUCCAUGGCUGCAAUCGCAAUGCUUCUUGGGGGAUUUUACAAAAGCAGGAGGAAAGUCAGUUUGGAUGAACAAACAGAUGAGGAUAGUCAUGCUUUGAGACCUGUAAGUACCUUUCCUAAAAUAUCAUUAUUUUAUAAAAGUUAUCAACUAGAUGAUGUCUUCAGCGCACACAAAACAAUGAAUUCGAGGCUGAUAGUGCGCCCAACCUAAAUUUCCAGGUUAACCCAGAAAUAACCCUAAUUUUAUGGUUAUUUUAUCUCACUUCCUACCAUCGUCUGUUUAAUGUAUCCAAGAAUCUGGUUAUAUUUUUUCUGGUUAAUUUGACUGCAUAUAAGUUUUUUUAUUUGGUUAUUUCAAGUUAAUUCAUGUUGCUCAGAACUUGUCUAGUCAGGUAAGUAACUUGACGUAACGUUUAAUUUGCUGUCGGUAGCAACCGAAUGAGCUAUUGUGCAUGUGAUUUGGAGAAUUUUAUCGACAUUUACCAUGAUUCUUUAAAUUUAAUAUAAAGAUUCGACCUUUCACUCAAUAGCUUAAUUCUUAUGUUAAACCAGAUAACUGGGGGUUCAACAACCUUGAGCCUUAAAGUAAAAGCCUAUAUACACUAAGGCAGUGCUAAACUAGAACUGUUAAAAUAACUUUCAUAUGGGCAAAACACAAAAAAUAAAUUAAUUGUGAAAACUUCAAUAAAUAAAAAUCUAAAUUUAAUUUUAAAAUAAGACCUAAAUAUCAACCAGUUCGAAAUAAAUAUUAAGGUUACGAAUUCAUAAUUUAAAUAUAUUUUAUUCUAUUCAAUAGGGAAGUAAAACUGCUCUUUUUUCCUGGUUGGAAUAAAAGAAUCACUGUUUAAAGACGAAAGUUAACUUAGCAUUUUAAAAAUUUAUAGGUCCAUCUUUUUACUAGCUUAAUUUUUGUAAUUUUGUAAUAUUCUAAAACACAGUAAUAACAGAGUCGAACUAAUUUUUGUAAGAAAACUGAAAGAAAUUAGGUUGAAUAAAUGUAAG